AUGGGGGAAUGUAAAUUUCCCGGCAGCAUGGAUCGAUCCUCUGAAUCCCGAGAACGGAGUCGACAGGCCUGCGAGCCAUGUCGACGCAGAAAGACGAAAUGUCCGGGGGAGAGGCCGGUUUGCUCAACCUGCCAAAGAUUAAACCACCAAUGUGUUUAUUCACUGAGAGACCGAGCCAAUGUCACGUCUGGCAGAGUUACAAAAGCAUACGCAAGAGCUACCCAAGACCGGCUACGGAUCCUUGAGUCACAGGUUAAUGACUUGUAUGGGGCACUCUGCUCACGCCCAAGUAAAAUUGGUGAACCAUCGCCGGGGACUCCCGAGAGCAAUAAUACUUCGCUCAGGGAACAGGAUUGGCAGGCUCCCCUGCGAGGAAGCCCUAGUGAUAUCUCUGCGUUCUCACCGACAAGCCCACAUCCACCCGCAGGGACACUAGGACACUUUAUAGAGGUAUACCGAAAAGUGUUACACCUGCAGCCACUACCGCUGUUCGACAUGGAUACACUCCAGUCCGAUUUGGCCAAAGCACCAGAGUUUCUUCUGUGGAGCUUCCUAGCGCUCAUUUUACCGUUCUCAGGCCACGAAUUCUACCAUGGCAGAGAAUCGGACGCUCGGAAUUUCUAUUCCCAGUCAGCCGAACAGGUAGUUGUGAAGAUGGCCGUCGAAGGCAUACCACGAGUGGAAGUACUACAGUCGCUAUGCCUGCUAGCCCUACGGCACAUCAAAGAAGGCAAAGAAGCCCAAGCCUGCAUGACAAUCGGGAUGGCAUCCCGACUCCAAUCAUUCCGAACCCUGCAACAACACAACAACCAAACCGAAGCCAGAGACCUCACAGUUUCCCGCUGCCACUGGAGCAUACGCAUCCUAGAAAGCAUCUUCACACCCCAACUCUCCAUACCAUCUCCACCACAAACUCCAAUACCCCCCGAAUAUCCCUACCCACCCAGCGCACCCCUCCCACCCCCACUUCCCUCCGCAUCCCCCACUCACACCGACCUCUUCGACACCACCGACCCAACCAACGACCUCGGAAUCGUCGCCUACGGCAUCCAACUAAUAAUCAUCUGGGGCGAAACCGCCUCCUACCUCCACAGCAUCCGCACGAACCCCAACCUCAACGAAGAAACCCCCUGGUCCCUAUCUUCCACCUACUCAAAGCUCAACCACAGACGCAACGAACACGAAACCCAACUCCCAGAAUCCCAUCUCCUCCGCAACGUGGCCUUCACCAAACGCUCCCGCGCCGAAAUAUCCGCCCACCAAGAAUACUGGACCUCCUGGAUCUCAAUGCAGAUCUUCUGCCACGCUCUCGUCGCAAUCCAGAAUCAUCCCUUCAUCCACCUGGUCAUAUUACGCGGGAACCGCGGCGUCUCCCAAUCCCGCCUCUUCCUCCAACAAACAGUCGACCACGCCUUAUUCCACUCCGAAUGGGUAUUCCGACUCGUCCAGGCGUGGGAGAACUUCGAUUUACCCCUCCACGACCCGCUAAUUGCCCAUUUGGUAGCAGCCACUGCGUCCAUAUCAUGGAUAUUCCAAUUCGCGAGAGACAGAGGAAUUGGAGAAAAAGCACGAGGGCAUCUUGUCGUCGCAGAGAGAUUGUUGUCAAGAAUGUCUACCGUCUGGCCGCAUGUUUCUCAUAGGCUUAAGACCCUUCAUGCACUUCAAUCGUCGGCAUCCGUCGCGACGACGAACCCGUCUAUAUCUUCUGAGCAUCAAGGUGCAGCAAUAACUAAAGGAACGACGAUCACUAUCCAGCCAUCCCUGUUCUGGGAUCUACUCGAUCCUAAAAUAUGUCCGACGGAAACGCCGGGGUCGUCGGGACCGGCAGCUCCGGAUGCUAGGAUGCGUGUUACGACGCAGUUCAUGCAUCCGCUUAGUGAGGAUGAGCCGUCGCUGGGGCAGGGAGGGAGGGAUGUGGGUAGGGUUGGUGACGGUGGUGAAGGGCUUAUGUCGGAUGUUCAUGUUCAAGAAUUGGAGCAGUUGUCGUUGGAUGAGUUGUUUGGGCAGUUGGGGGAUGAUACGUUUACUUGGGCGCUUUGAGUGCUUACUUAUAUAAUAUGGGUUAGGGAUGUUUUAUGGUAUACGACGGCUAUAUUAGGAAAUACGGAGUAUUGAAGGGAGGUUGAGGGAAACAAAAGGUCUCGAGAGAUGUACAAAAUAUAUUAUCACAAGACUUUAGAAGCUAAGAAGUGAAUACAGU